AUGCAGGCGGCGGGCGGCGGCGGAGGGCCGGGCUGCGGCUGCAAGGGGAUCCGUUCCUGCCUGCUCUGCGAGGGGCCCGCGCCGGCCGCUCCGCCCCCGCAGGGAGAAGAUAAUUUCACUUACUGUCCAGCAACAGGCCUAGCUAAAGGAAAUGAGCACUCAGAAUUUGCUGGCUGGGCAUUUCCUUUUCCAGGAGUGUUCCUGGUGGAGGAAUUCAUUAGUGAAGAUGAAGAGUGUGAGAUAGUGGAACUGAUGGAUCGGGAUGACUGGAAACCAUCACAGUCUGGCCGAAAGAAACAGGACUAUGGACCCAAAGUGAACUUCAAGAAACAAAGGCUGAAAGCUGGCAGCUUUACUGGCUUGCCAAAUUUCAGCAGGAAGAUUGUGGCACAGAUGAAGGCCUGUGCUGUGCUCAGUGGUUUCUUACCUGUGGAACAGUGUAACCUGGACUACAGACCAGAGAGAGGCUCUGCCAUUGACCCCCACUUUGAUGACUGGUGGCUCUGGGGGGAGCGCCUGGUCAGCCUGAACCUGCUCUCAAAAACUGUGCUCUCCAUGUCCUGCGAUUCAGAGGACACCAUCCAAUUAUUUCCCCUUUCCAGUAAGGAGGAAUUAAGUCCCCCUGCAUCUUCCACGCAGACAUCAGCAUGCAGAAGUCCAGAAGAGGGAACCGAGUGCUUUUUAUCCCCAAGGCUGGUUCCGGGGAAGGAGGUGAGUGUGGCCAUCCUCUUGCCCCAGAGGUCGCUGGUGGUGCUGCACGGGGAUGCCCGGUACAAGUGGAAACACGGCAUCCACCGCAGGCACAUCGAGCACCGCCGCGUCUGCAUCACCUUCAGGGAGCUCUCUGCGGAGUUCAGCGCCGGGGGGAGGCACGAGGAACUGGGCAAAGAACUGCUACAAAUUGCUCUUUCCUUUCAAGGGAGACCCGUGUGACCAAGAGGUUGCAUUUUGCUGGGAGAGGUGUAAAAUGAGGUAUGGAAUUUGUAUGACUCGGUUUAUUUCUGAGGUGGGCGUAAGGAAACAGGUGUGUGCAGAGAUAAGCUCAAUAAAAUGAAAAUUUAACAAAAAAGUAAAA